AUGGCUAGCACGAGCAAUGCAGCUGGGAGCUCGAACAACCCACGAUCAUUUGGAAGCAUCAUGAGGAGAAUGAACAGAAACAGAGAAGCUCGUUUGCCAGAAUGGUGUGCCUGCAGGUCGAGACCAGUGCUGCGAUGGUCAGGGACGGAUUCUAAUCCAGGAAGACCGUUCCUGGGUUGCCCAAACUACAAUACAGUGGGUAAGAAAUGGUGUGGAUUGUUUUUGUGGGUUGAUAAAGUUUUGGAAGAUACCAUGCCAUGUGAUGAUAUACUCUCACUCCCCUCACACCCGCUUCCUCACAGCACGCACACCCAGACUCUGACGGAAAAAAGAAAGAAAGAAAAAGGAAAGAGAGAAAAGGGGAGACUGCGAGAAGAGAAUGGAGGAGGAAGGCGGGAGCUGUCCACGCCGAGCCACCAUGCGAGGAGAGAGAGAGUCGCACCUCAUCACCGCCGGCCUGGAGCACGCCGUUCGUGUCCCGUCGCGUUGCCGCCAACCGCGUCCAGCUCGUUGCAGUUGCAUCGCCAUCAGAGGCCAAAACCGAGAGAGGUGCGUCCGAGAGGAGGGACGAGUGCGAGAGAGGAGACGCGAAAAAAGGACUACCGCUGUUCUGCCUCGCCGCCGUCGAACUGCUACAGCCGCCGUGCCUUGUCUUCGUCGCCGCUAAGCUUCAACUACCGCCAUCUCUGUUGGGGGUCACCGUCAUUGCUGAAUGAAGAGGGAGAGUUUGAGUCGGCCAGUGAAGGGAGGAAGAAAGAGUCGCGAUGGAGGAGCCGUUCACCAUCGUCGCGUCUGUUGUUGCCAUCAACGGAGCUCGUCGUCAGGGGAGCAUCACCGACGUCACUACUAAUGAACCGUCUCCGUCCCUGUUGUGAUCUUGCUCAGCCCUACGCCCCCUUCAUUCUUGUCUCUAAAUCAGCACAAUUUUUCCCCUGUUCUGACUCCAUGUAUGAAACUUACUAUCGCCCUACUUUUGUUGCGUUUCUACUGGAAAUUAUCUUGAGUACUGGUAUUAGUGCUAUCAUGGAACGGUUGGAGCUGUUGAUGUUAUGAUUACAUCUGCGAUGUAGCCGUGGAAGUUGCUGCCACCGCCUCGAUCCAAAUUCUGCGCUCAUUCAUUUCAUUUUACGUCAAUCCUCCUCACCUUGGAUUCUGGCACUCCGGGUUCGAUAUCUUCAGUCCCUUAGGACCAUGUUG